CUGGUUCGACGUCUGAUGCUCGAAUUAGUAGGUAAAGAAGAGCUUAAAACUAUGACCGCCCUUGGACAAACAAAAUCUGGAAAGAUAAGAAAGUCAAUUCCAGAUGGAAUUAGAGUUGCUGUAUAUAGUGUGUAUCAAUAUUUCUCAUUACCUUUUGAAUCUGAAUCAGUACCGUAACAGCUCUUGCAACCGAAAUAUCGUAAUUUAUAAAUUUUGAAGAAAAAUCUUUUAUUGUUUUAAAUAAUUUAAUUUAUUCUACAGAGUUUCACACAUAGCUUACAUAAGAUUUUACUAAAUAUUUUCCACUUGUAUUGUUGUAAUUAAUUUUUUAAUUACAAUAAGAUUUUUAAAAACUUACGUAAGAAUGGGGAGAGGGAGUAUGAAAAAUCAUGUGUCCUUACUUGGAGCAGGAGAGGGGUCAAAAUUAGCCAAAAUCGUCUACUUAAUUAAUGAAUGGGCUCUUAUAACUGGUUCAAAUUCAAAAGAUUAUAAAUUUAAUAAUUUACUAACUUUUCGACAAAUUAUUUUAGAUUAUAUUGAAAGUAAAACGAAAGGACUAUCGCAUAAAAAAUAUGUUGAGACUUUAAAUAAUCAAUGUUGCACUUUAAGGAACCCGAAAAAAAGUAACACAAUUGCAGUAGAAAGAAACGAUGAGACUGAAAGAAAUAAAGACAAAAAUGUUGAUAAAGAAUCUGCAAAUGAUGAGUUAAUUUUUAGUGGGGAACCUUCAGCAACUGAUAACCAAUCAAAGGCUAAAAAACGAAAAGUAAUGAGCCCAAGCGAAAAUUAAUAAUCUUUGAAGAAACAACUUUUUCCUUUCUCAACAGAAGUGCAAGAGAUCAAGAACCGA